AUUAUAGACUGUUGAAACCCAUUAUCAUAUCAAACCUAAUUCAACAAAAAUUACUUAAAAAAUAUGAAAUAUUUUAAUUGUCUAUAUGGAAUAUGUGGGCUAAGCAACUUUUUAUUUGAUUAAGGGAAUUUUUUUCAAUUUUUGAGGGUAAUAUCUUUUACUAGAUAGUAGUUAUAUUUGACGUAUCAUUAAAAAAAAUUGGUUAAGUGAAAUCUGAGAAAAUAAAUGACAGCCACAAAAAAAGACCACAUAGUAAAAUAAUUUUAAUAUGAAUAAGAAAUUUUCUCUCACUAGGAGAGACAACAGUAAUGAGUACCAUGAUAUCAUUGAAGUUAUUGAAUCUAAAUGAGAUAAAAAUUAAAAAACUUGCAGAUGACGAGAUUAAAAACGAUAAAUUACAAUAUUUUAUCGAUACUCUUAUUAAGUUUAAACCAUUAAUGAGUUGUACGGCUAAUGCACUAGAAUAUCUAAAAGGUCAUUAUCAGAAUACUGUACACGACGCUCUCACAAAAUUAUUAGAAUUUACUGAAAAACUGAAUAUAAUUGUCAAAGAAAUAAAAUUCACAGAAGAAUCAGCAAUAUAUAAUGAAUUUAUAAAUAGCACAUUUGUAGAUUUGAACGAAAUUGUCAAUAUACACAUGAAUAUGGAGCCUAUGCUGUUAUUGGAUUUGGACAUGAAGAAUACUUAGAAGACUUUUUUGAAAAACUAAUAUAAUAUGAAGAUAUAUGUCAUGUAGAAUUCUUUUUUAAUCCGUAUAAACCAGAAUUUCAAAAAUUAGUUCAGGAAGGUGUUAAGAUGUUUUGCGUAAAUUUUGGAUUUGAUAAAUAGGUGGCAAAAUACAUAAUAUCUGUUUAUCUUUGCUGUUUUUUCCACACUUUGUUAUAUAAAAACUAAUUGCUAAAAUAGUAUGUAUUACAAUAAUUUUUUAAUCUAACUAACUAAUGUAUUUUUGAUU